AUGGGGUCGAGUCUAUCAACGAGUGAUAAAUACGGGCCAAACGUGGGCUCAUUUAUAACUUAUGAUGAGAUUUACAAAAAGGUCGCACCGGGAGAUCUCAUCGAAAUCCAGAGGCCGUAUUGUUUCAAGCAUUGGGUGCUUUACGAGAUCACCAAAGAUGGCAAUGUCUGGUGCUAUCACGUGACCAGUGAAAAGAAGUUGUCGAAAAUUAUCGGAUACUUGAGAUACGAACCAUUACUAGAUAUCCUCGAGAGGGAGGAGGAGGUCGAGGAAAAGGUCGAGGAGGAGGUGGAGGUGGAUGUGAACGGCAAAAAGACGAAGAAAAAGGUGAUAAAGACCGUAAAGAAAGUGGUGAAUCGUCUUGACUUGUGCAGGGUGAAUAAUCAAGAAAAAAAAGCCACAAAAGAGGGAGUGACAGCACGGCCAUUGGAUGAUGUGUUUCGAGAAUUGCGGGCAAUGAAGGACAAGGAAGUGGAGUAUCAGUUCAAUAUCAAUAACUGCGAGUAUUACUGCACUCUAUGGAAGUACGGGAAGGGGUGGUCAGUGCAGGUGGAUUUCAUGGAGACCAGGUGUGCGGGGGUGCCACAUGGGGUGGGCUGGUCCUUGUUAAUCAUCGGAGCAGGUACGAAAUGUGCCUGGGUUUUUUGUUCCGGUGGAGCAAUGUUGCUGUUAGUGAUGGCCUACUAUGGGAUCAAGCAUUGGAAGAAACCUAUUGAAUGGAUUAAGGCGUUUCUUAAGCAACUAAACGGCAAUCAAUUGAUCCUACAGUUGACACCGGCUUAA